AAGAAAAAGUUUUUACUUUCAUUAAAUGCUAAACAUGGCACAUGCCAUAGUUCGGGGUAUGGUAUGGGCAAAGCAAUUGCCAUGGUGCUGCUGCUUUUACCUUCAACGCGUUGUUUUUAGUAUGGGUUGAGCCUUGGGCCGACUGACUAUCAGGCCCACAUUCAUAAGUACAACAAAAAGUUGUUGAGAGAGCUUUAGAACACAAGGCUCGGGGCAUAACGAACCACUAGGCUCGAGUGGGUAUAUAAACAGCUUUUGCCUCUAUUAUUUCUCGAAUCCGUUACAUCGGCAAGCGAUCGAGAGAGAAGAAAGAGGAGAAUGGAGAAGGAGGAGGAGAAGCUAGAGAGAGUGGGACCAUUGGAGGAGCCGCUGAUGAAAAACAUCGUACCAGAGGAGGAUUCGCUAUCCAUGUCGGAUACAGAUAGCGAGAUACCUGAUUCUCCCGUUCCCAUCAACGCUCCGAUCUACCGUAUGUUUGGACGAGAACGUCCGAUCCACAUGGUUCUCGGCGGAGGUAAACCUGCUGAUGUGUUGUUGUGGAGGGACAAGAAGGUCACGGCAGGGUUAGUGGGUGCAGUGACUGUGAUCUGGCUCUUGUUUGGUUUCGGACAUUGUCGUCUUCUUACAUUUGUUUGUCGUGGAUCGAUCCUCUUUCUGCUUCUCUCAUUCGUCUGGUCCAAUGCACUCAACAGAUCUCCUGAGAAGAUAAUGGAAAUUUAUAUCCCUGAGAAGCCGUUACUCCAAGCUGCUUCUGCAUUGACCUUUGAGGUUAACUGUGCUCUUGCAACUUUAAGGAGCAUUGCGUUAGAGAGAGACAUCAAAAACUUUGCACUGGUAGUCAUAGGACUUUGGCUCGUAUCAAUAAUCGGAAGCUGGUUCAGCUUCUUGUCAUUGAUCUACAUCUGCUUUGUAUUGAUUCACACGGUGCCAAAGCUGUAUGAGAAGUAUGAAGAUGAGAUUGAUCCAAUCGCUGAGAAGGCUGUGAUUGAGAUGAAAAAGCAUUUCCAAGUUCUUGAAGCCAAGUUCUUAAAUAAGAGCCAUCAUCAUUAGCCAAACUACUCCAAAAUCAAACAGUUUAGUUCAUUUUAUUUAUUCUUUUUUUGUUUGGGUGUUCAAGUCGUUUCCUAUGUUCAUGUGGUUUUGAUUACUUCCUAUUCAAGCCAUCUAAACUUCUUUUUUUUUGUGUGGAUAUAAAGUGGGCUGAGCCUUUAUGUUAAAUUCUACACAGUCUCUCUCCAUUUUCACAAGCUACAGACAUUUAAUGGAAUCUAAACACUACAGUCCACUGAGUUGGAUUUCUAAAGAUAAGAGAAUCGACCAACAAAAUCACCAGAAACGUCCACGUGUCUUUAUAAGAAAUCUAGUCUAGUAAAAAGCGCAGCAGACUAAAAUAGAGUAGAGAAGAAGAAGAAGACGAGAAGCAGUACGCAGAAGAAGAAGAAGAAAUAGUUCGAUGGCGAUGACAGUAGCAGCUUCCACCUCUGUGGCAGUGUCUCCACCGUCCCUUACCUUCCUCCGCUACCUCCUCGCUCUUUUGGCCGAUCAUCUUUCACCUCUUAAGCUAGUUUCAGGUAACCGGUUCAUUUUUCCUCAAUCUCUCUUUCCCGGUUUAACGCAAUCUGAAAAUUCCCGACAAAUCUUCUGUAUUAUCAGAACUUUGUCUGGAUUUAAAAUAGUCCGACCGGAGAUUAAGAUUCAGCGAUGCGGCGGUUCGGUUUAGUUGUUAAAAUCUAAACUUCAAUUCGAUUUCCCCGGUUUAACAUCUGGUAUAUAGAGUGUAAGCUAAUCCAAAACCGGAAAUGGAGGGGUUUAUAGUUUAAUUCCAAUUCGGUUUACCCGGUUUAGAAUCUGGUAUAGAUAGUGUAAGAUACUCCAAACCGGAAAUUGAGAGGUUUGUAGUUUAAUUUCCGUGAAUCUAAACCGAAAGAUUGAGAUUAUCCGGUUUGCAGAAGGUUGAAUUGAUGAAGACGAGAGAUUCUUCAUCAGACGAGACCUCAACGUCCAUUGACACCAACGAACUCUUUAAUGACUUGAAGCAAAAGGUGAGAAGCCAUUUGCUUGAAACAUAGUUGUAUUGGCUUUUGCGUUCUGUUUUUUUUUUUUUUCGGUUAUGGUGUGCAGUGGGAUGGUCUUGAGAACAAGACGACUGUGAUUAUCUAAUGGAUAUUUGACUUGAAGGAUGUUUGUUUGUUAUAAGUGUGUAGCGUUGAUUUUGUUGGUAUUUUCCUCCCAUUUAUCUGAUUUUGUUGGGAUUGCUUAGUGUUCUUUUGCUUUGUCAGGACAUUCAUUAGAUCAUGAUCGUUGAUUGAACCUUGCUUUGUCUUUUGGUGUUGCUCUCACAGAUUGAGAUUUCUAUGAUAUUUGAUUGAUUUCUUGUGUUAGAGCCUCUUGAGUUUCAAAUUUUGUGUGUAUUUAGCUGAAUAAUUGCGAUAUUGCCUUCUUCUGCUUGCAAGUGGAAACAGCUUAGAACUCAGUCAAUACAAAGACAAAGUUCUUUUAAUUGUCAAUGUUGCUUCCAAAUGGUUAAAAUUUCUAUACACCUUCUGAGCUACUUACUACUUCCGUUUGAAUUUUUGGUUGCUAAACGUUCGUUUCUUGUCUUGUUUAUACGCUGAUGAUCUCAGUGGCUUUACAACAAGUACAAAGACAAAAGGUCUGGAGAUUCUAGCAUUUCCUUGUAACCAAGAAGAACCGGGAACUACUGACCCGAUUACUGACUUUGUCUGUACUCGGUUCAAAUCUGAAUUCCCUAUCUUCCACAAGAUUGAAGUGAACGGAGAGAAUGCCUCUCCUCUUUAAUAAGUUAGUUCUUAAAGAAAGGCAAAUGCGGGGACGAGAUUCAGUGGAACUUUGCUAAGUUUCUUGUUGACAGACAAGAAUGGUCAAGCUGUAGAACGUCGUUAUUACCCAAACUACUUCUCUUGAGCAUGACAUUAAGAAGCUUCUGAACAAUGGUGGUGCUGUCUGACUGAUUCGCCUGUGUUGAUAACUCUACUUUGAUCAUGAACUUCUAAUGUAAUAAAGGCAUCAUUGACUUUGAUUUGAAUCUGUUGUGCUUUUUAAAAAAUCUGAACUGGCUGGUUACUCUCACAA